CUUGUUUCUCACCACGUUCUCUAAACCUUUUCAGUUUGUCUUUUAGCAUUGUUGAACUGAAAAGGUCAUUGAGACUUUACUUCAUGUCUAAAUGGUUCUAAAAAUUCCCCAGGGUUCCAAGACUUGCUGUGGACUAGAACUGCAAUCAGUAGAGGUAUAGAAACUGUCAGUUGCUGGAACAGGAUCUGUUUGGAAUAAGGCAGAUAAAUGCACUAAGAGACUGCUGAGAACUGAUUGGGCAUCAAGACACUGAAUUGUAGAAAAUAAUGGAGCCUGACUGUGAGAACUGUCUGUAUUCAAACAUGUUAAGAGCUGAAUAUUUAAAAUUUGUUUGGCUCACCAAGCUUGGCUUUCUGAAGACAACAGAAGUGGGAUAGAGAGAUCAAAAAGAAAAAAAAAAUCAUAAAAGUAUUGCUAAACAAUCAAAUGCAAGGUAUUUUGUCUUCUUUCACUCCUUAAAAGAAAAUCAAUCAAUUAAUACACAAAGAUAAAAGUGAGAAACCUACUGUAAUCUACUAAGGUCCAGGAAUUUAAAGAAUCAAAUGUACCUUCUGGGUUUCAGAAUCCAUCGGGGAGAAUGUAGAGGGUGAUGAGAAGACUUUGCAUUUGACCAAAAAGCACUAGUAAAUAAGGAGUUAAAAUGAAGGCAGGCUCGCUGGUUUGCUGAGAUCUGUCAGAGUCUGACUGGCUGGCUACAUAUCUGUCUCUGGAACAAUAGGUACCUGUAUUCUGCACGGACUGCUGGGCAGCACUAGCACUCUGGAGAAGGUCUGCCGCUGUCUGCACUUUCCUGGUUCUAUGCAGGCAGAUGAGUGUCACAGCUGUAACUGAGGCACAGAGCAGUACACACAGUGGAGCCGAUUUCCGCGAUGGCGAGAGGGGGCACCGGAGGUGACAACAAUAACAAGACUGUCCUUCGGACAAGUUUUAGCGCUGAAUAUCUUCAGGAAAAUGGGUUCCAUGAGAAGUGACAUCCUCCUCGAAUCAAAAGAUUCUCAGGAUGAUGGAGUGAGUGAUGGAAUAGGUUGCCAACUGUAGUUACUCCACUCAGCACAGAAUGGCUGCGGGGAAAUAUAAUCAGACAUGCCCAAAGAAGUCUGCUUAGGGUGAAACAAAUAACUUUGAGGUUUAAAUCAGAAAGGAAGGAGAGACUGUUUCUACAGGUGUCAUACAAAAAUCAAUACUGAGCCAAGGAUUAUUGGAUCCCAUAGAACCACGGAGACUUGGCAGUGAAAUUCUUCCAAAGCAUUCCAUCCGUGCAGGCAGAUGGUGUUCCUAGGUUUGGAAAUAUAAAUCCCAUGGGAAGUCAGCUGAAGACCAUUUUAUGCAUCACUCAUCCUGUUAGAGCCCUGUGCUGUUCUGUCUCUCUAUAAGACUGGCUGAAACCACAACGGUUGUUUACAAUUUAUGCUCUAACUUUGGAUCACCUAGUUAAUACUCUGACUCCGAUUAUUACCAAAGACGAUGUUCUAUAAAAGAUAUUCUCUAUUAGAAGGAUGCUCCUGCAUUAUUAAUAAAAUCACAGGGAAAAUGCAACAUUUUGGAUGUCACAUCUGAUAAGUUGGCAGUUAAAGAACAGAAACACAGCAAUAAGACUGCGUGGCUACAUUUUCCCAGUGCCACCAACUGGGAUUUAAGCUGACUAACAUUUUGAAAGCCCAGCCCAUUUCAUUCACAGCAGGAUGGCAGUGGGUGACUGAUCGUACCCGCCAGCUGGCUAAUGUCAUAAUUAACAAAGUUGCUACUACAUCUGCAAAGUUUAAUCGAAAAAUUUGCCAGUGAUAUGAUGGCAUUGUCACAGAGAUCACAAGGGACACGGAGUCGACUUUUGCUCAAAGUGGAACGACAGAGCUGUGUAGGCAAGAUGAGAAAUUGUGAACUUGUUCGGCCAAAGGAGGCUAAUAAUGAAGGGGCCGGGAAGGAGGCCAGUGCUACCAGGGUUAUCUCACAACCUCAGAUGCUGGAUAAGUCGACGGAGGCAGAAUCGCUUUGGGAUGACAUUCAGAAAGGCUGGAGUGAUUACUUGCAAGAGAAAAGCCUACCUAUUCUUUCCAAGGUGCAGGAAUAUUCCCCUGACCUGCUCAUCCAGUGGUCCAGUAAUGAAUUACUGGAGACCUGCCUUAGACAAAGAAUGCACUCGGAGCCCCAACACACCUAAAGCCAUGCUUUGAAGGAUCUGCCAAGCUCACUUUUAAUCAUGAGAAAGAAAUUACCCACACGGAGUCAGCAGAAAAUGAGAAAGUAGAGCUCGUGCUGUGAAUAAUUCCAGCAAGUGCCAAGGGGCUAGUUGAGGAAUGGCUUCAUGAGGGGAACUAUUAAUAGCCCAUCAGUCGGGUAGGCAGCAUUCAAUCCUUCUGUGCCUUCUUUCGCCACCUGUUGAGGUCUUUCUUCUGAAACAAAGAAGAAAUAGACAAAUCAGACUUGCCCUCUUGGAAAUGUGGUCCAGAUUUCUCUACUCCCAAGCUCGAAAAAAGGUAUACAUUGGAUGGGCUAGAUCAACUCCUCCUGAGAGCCAUAAAUCUGCCAAGAGUUGUUUUCCAUGUAAGGGUGUGAUACAAUGGGGAACACCUGAUGUUGGAGGAAAGCAGGAGGACUUUAGAGUGGAGUUGCCUUCUAAUCUCUCUGCCACUUCAACUAUGUGACCUGGGGCAAAUGAUAUAAACUCUAUGAGCCUCUUUCCUUAUCUUUAAAAUGAAGAGAAGUAAUACCUACCUUGUAGGGCUGUUGUGAGGAUUAAAUGAAGUAAUGCAUACAGUGCCUAACAAAGUAUUUAACAUCAUAUUUUUUAAAAGCUCAUGAAAUAUUAGUUUUUCUUCCUUCCCCUCUAUUUUCUCUCCUGUUCCCUUUUCUUUCCCUCCUCUGCCCUCUCCUUCCUUCAGAUGUUAGUCUAAAACAGCACCUUGGAUCUAAGCAGCACCUUUGAGAAAGAAAAGACUGCUUCAAGAAUGUCUAGUUGCACCUCCUUUCCGUAUGUGGCCUAAAUGCCUAGGUUGGAUCAAUAGUUUAAUUUUUUUAUUGAACUGUUUAAUAUUGACUAAGGACUUACAUUCACUUUUACUGUUUUCUGUAUAUUUACUUUUGCUUGAAGUGUUUUAAUAUUGACUAUUUACCUCUGCUCAUUUUUAUUGAUUUUCUGUAUUUUUUCAAUGAAAAUUAUAAUAAAAAUUAUUUUUGUUA